GAGGUUACUGAAAGUGCGGCGAUGGAAAUUACGCGCACUUCCGCUUUAAAAGCGGAGCAGUGCGCGCGUCGAUGCCGAGUGGAAGACUCUGCUGCACCGCGCGCAGCGGACCGGUUCACCCGCCGCGCGUCGACGAGUCGGAUUCGAACUCUCUCCUUCUGCCUGUGUGAGAGGCGGGGGACGGAACUUUACGCGGGCAGACGGCCGGCGAGUGUGCGGGGCGACACCCGGGGGACCCACCGGCAGAACAAGACACCGGUGUGUUCUCUUCCUGCCGUGCCCACUUGUUGAUGGGGCACCCGCAGACAAGCCCGGCGGCCACGUCGCUGGAAUAUUCCUAUGCGUAAUUUGGAUUAAAAACUUAAAAAUCUUCGCUCCGGGGGCGAAGGAAGUUCCGAUCCGCGUGGCUCUGCGGCGGGUGGUGGCGAUGUUCGGCGAACGGUGACAACAACUCCCCGCUUCCGACUGCACGCCGGCCGCUGCCAGGUGAGCGAGCAGUGGCAUGGGGAACCAGGUGGACAAGCUGGCACAUCUAAGUUACGCGGAAGUUCCCACGGUGGACCCGAACGGCGCGGACGCGGACGACGGACCGCGGAUCGGCGUCUCGUACAUAUUUGCCAACGACGACGACGACGGCGACGACGGCGGCGGCCUGGAGGAUGGCUGCGCGCUCGACGGCACGGUGAAAGACCCGAACCAGGAAGAGAAGCAGUACGACCGGCGCGACGAGGUGGAGUGCGCCGUCUUCUACAGGGACGAGUGCAUUUUCGAGAGGAGCGCCAAGUGCGCCGGCCUGGAGGUCUCCUCGCCGGAGAAUCUGCUCAACAAAUGCAAAGCGGGCGACCUGGUGGAGUUCGUGGCCACGGGCCAGUACCCGCACUGGGCGGUGUACGUGGGCGACUUCCAGGUGGUGCACCUGCACAGAGCCGAGGUGAAGAACAGCUUCCUGACGGACGCCGGCCAGGGACGGAGGUGCCGGGUCGUGAACGAGCUGUACAAGUUCAGGAGCCUGGGCCCGGACGUGGCGGUGCAGAACGCCAUGGAGCAGGUGGGCCUGAAGGGCCGGGAGCUGAGCUGGAGGAACUCCGAGUGCUUCGCCGCCUGGUGCCGGUUCGGCAAGAGGGAGUUCAAAACGGGCGGCGAGAUACGGAUAGGCAAACAGCCCUACCGACUGAAGAUCCGCGCGGCGGACAAGCGCGCGCACGUGCUGGAGUUUCAGAGUUUGGAGGACAUGGUGAUGGAGAGGCGGAGGAACGAGCACCUGGGCCGGAGGGCCGCGCUGCAGGAGCUGGCCACUCACCUGCACAGCGCGGGGGACACGAGAAGUGAGCCAGCCCGCUGACUGAUGCCAGACUCCUUUCUUCCUCUUCUUCUUCCUCUUCUUCUUCUUCUUCCUCUUCUUCUUCUCCUCCUUCGUGCUCUUCAAAAGGAAGACGCGUUGCGUCAAACAGACUAGCCGUUACCAGACCAUCCGUUUCAGAGCCUUCCCCCCCCUUUAGCUUCACGUGGAGCACACGUCCCUCAGUUCCGUGGGGCCUGUUGCUCCGUGCUCUCACGGGUUUAGGACGAUGGUUUGUUUUGGGGUUCUUUUUCGCCUUAGAGCCACACUUCUCCACACACACCGUGACGCGCACUGGACCGAGCAGUGGUUGCGCGUCGUCGUCUGUGGCUCCCCCUCCGCGCAGAGUGUGUAGUUUUCUAAGAGCUCUGUCAGAGUGAACGUUUCUCUGUAUGCGCACGGUGCGUCCCGUUGCUCGGCCCAGGCACAGAACAUGUCAGCGCUGCUGAACACAAGAAGGAUUCUCUCUCCCUCCGCCUGUUCGAGGUCAAAUCCCCCCCCCCCCCCGAUCUGUGUUGCUCCGGUCACCGUUUGUGUCAAAUGUACCCAAAGCUCGAGUAAACCGUGAACCCCUGUGUCUGUCUCGACGAGUCUUCUUCUGUCCCCCUGUGCGCUCCGCACGCCUGAGGUUCGGUCCAUCAGUCGAUCAGUGUGCGCGUCCUGUCUUCAUCGGAGACUUUCACACGCCAGAUCAUUUGCCGGGUUGGAGGGGUUAAACGAUUCUUUCCAGGGAAGAGGAAAGUUGUCAAAACACAGAAGAUGAGGCGAGCUUUUGCUCGACGUGAGAUAUCAGUUGGUAGAUGUGCGGUGUUUUAUUUUGAAAAGUCACCACAAUCACACCAGCAGCUGACGUGUUAACUGUCAUUGUUUUUGUUUUUUUUAUACAUUUAAGUGUUUGCAUCAAAAAUCCAAAUGUCCAUGCCCUGUUCAAGACAAGUAAAUGGUUGGUACACUUUUGAUUUGACUUUUGCCAGAGAGGUUUUUCUGACCGGCAUAAAGCUGAUGGGUGCAUCCAGUGCAUUGCCUUGCAAGGCAAGACUGUGAAGACAGUGAAUGUCAAUCCAUAAUCUAUACUCAUCUUUACAGGUCAAUCAUUAAGAACACAAGUAUUGGGUUUCCACAUUGUAAACAAUCCCUCGGAGUGAUUUGUCUGUAUGACCACUUGUCUUCUUCGAAAACCGCAUGAUCUGGAUCCAUCUAUCAAGACUUGAUCGAGUAUUUAUUGAUGUAUUACUGAGGUCGCAGUCUUUAGAAGUGCUAAGUCAGAGGCCACUGCACUUGCUUUGUCUGCAUCAAAUUGAAAAGCAAAACACCAUCUUGUAAGUAUUUUAUAAAACGUUAGAAGACUAGAAUGGCACUCAGUAGAUUGUGUUCCUCUGCGAGGCCCAACAGUUGCCUCGUGAAACCUCAUUUAAAAUCUGCUACAUUCAAGUUACUCUCUGGAGCCGCACCAAAUUGCGCUCACUCAUAGAUAUCAGAUGCCUCAAUAUGCCUGAUUUUAUUUUUUCAUCAACAUCCGUGAAUCAUUCCUUGGGAAACUGGUGAAAACUUGCAGAGUUACAGAAAGUGAUUAAAAAAAAUAAUUAAAAAAAUCCUGGAUUUGUG